CCGACGGCUCCUUUUCGGGGCUUUCCUCGUGGAAGGGUCUCAGGAAGUCGCUCUCUCCCCUGCUUCUCCCUCUCUAUGCUACUUCCAUCGCCGCCAACAUGAUGCCCGUAUUCAAGAGCAGCCGGAGAGACUUCACUUUCGGGCCGUGGAAGCUGACGGCUGCUCGGACCCACAUCAUCAAGUCGUCGGAGUCCGAGAGAAUAGCUGAAGAACUACACAUCCCUUGUGUUCCAGAAAUGAUGUUUGGAGACAAUGUCUUAAGAAUUCAGCAUGAAUCUCUCUUUGGGAUAGAAUUCAAUGCAACUGAUGCUUUAAGAUGUGUAAAUAACACUCAAGGCAUGGUUAAAGUUGCUUGUGCAGAGGAGUGGCAAGAAAGCAGGUCUGAGCCUGAGCACACAAAGGAAGUUGUUAAACCAUAUGACUGGACCUAUACAACAGAUUACAAAGGAACUCUUCUAGGUGAUACAUUAAAGUUAAAGGUUUCUCCCACAACAGAACAUAUAGAUACAGAGAAACUAAAAGCCAGGGAACAGAUUAUGUUCUUUGAGGAAAUACUGCUGUUUGAAGAUGAACUUCAUGAUCAUGGCGUUUCAAGCCUGAGUGUAAAAAUAAGGGUAAUGCCUUCAAGCUUCUUUGUGCUCUUGAGGUUUUUCCUGCGAGUUGAUGGUGUGCUUAUCAGAAUGAAUGAUACAAGGAUUUAUCAUGAGGCUGAUAAACACUACAUGUUACGGGAAUACACCUCGAGGGAAAGCAAAAUAUCAAGCUUAAAGCAUGUUCCUCCACCCCUUUUCACGGAUCCUAAUGAGGUUGCUCAGUACUUACCUGUCAAGGAGAACUUUUGUGAGAAGUUGGAGUUCCCUGAGAAUUUGCAUCCUGAAUCUGAAGCAGCACCAGAAAGCACUUAAGUGGGAUCUCCGUAAUUUUGUGGACUUGAAACAGACCUUGUUCUGGAGACCAUGUAAUGCCUUGGUUGUUGUCACUGAAGAUUUAUCUACCUUCUAGAUACAGAUCUAUUCGGAUGUCUGACUAAAAUUUCUGUAGCUGUGGAUGGUCAGGAGCAAACCUUUGCUAAUGUUUUCGUUGUGUCUAUUUCAAAUGUGCCCUGAAACUGGUUCUGGACUGGAGUUACCUGACAUAGGAGAAUAAGCCUGCAAACAUCACCAGUAAUUCUUUUGAAGCAUACAGCGUUUCAAGAAAGUUUACUGGGUUUAGGAAAAAUCAAGACUCAUUCAUAAGCUCGAACAGCUACUAAGAACUUUGUUUUAACAUAGUCUUUGUUAUACAAGGGCCUUGUUUCAUAAGAGUCAUAGGACAAAGCACAUUGAUCACUGAUGCUUGGUAAGUUUUUGGAUCUCAGUGGAUGGCAUUACUCUCUUAAUCAGUUGCAUGGUGUCUGUCUUUAAAUAAGAAAUACACGAGAAACACUGUUUGGCCUGGUUCACAUGCAACAUUAAACCGUAGUUUAAAAUAAACUGGUUUUUG